AUGAAAAGAACGAUGGAAGGAGCGGAAAAGAAUGCAGACAAAUUGGCUCAGCGUAUAUUACCACAACGUCCGCACCACCUUACAUUGUCCCUAACGGACAAGUACCCCGAGCCUGCUGGGUUCUGGUACACCGGAAAGAGUCACCGAUUACAGUACACCACCUUCCUCUCAGAUUGCGAUCGAGGCAUCCUCAUCACGCGGCCCUCGUAUGACAUUUGCGAGGAGCCCGCGAGCGCCCCCAGCGCUAUGCCUCCAAAACCGGCUCUCCCUAACGGGGAAGCCAAGAAGAAACUUUCGUUCAAGGAUUACCAGAAUCGGAGGAAACAGUCACCACAGGACCCUUCUGCCACACCAAAGGGGGAUGCCAAGCUUGAGGCCAAGGGUGACACCAAAGUCAAUGGCACAGUGGAACGAAGUGCACCGGUAAAGGAGAACGUCAAGCCUGACGACGCCAAGGCAAAGACGAAGCCUGCUAGGACAGAGGGAGGAGAGUCAGAAAAGCCCCGUAUCACGGUCAAUGGAGACAGCAUGCGAAGCUCCCACACACAGUCUCAGGUCGAGGUCGAUAGUCGGAAACGGGCUGCAGAUACCGAACGCGACCAACCCAAGCGUCCCAGGCCGGAUACUAACCACGAGACACCACGCCUUCCCCCGAAACCGGAGGCACCACGAAAUCGCCUGGGCGACAGAACCGACAAGGAUACCAGAAAGGAGUCUCUGCACCCGACGACCAAUGGACAGGCCCGCUCUGCCGCAGACAGGGAGCGUGAUGUCAGCGCUUCUCCCAAGUCCACGAUCCUAGUGAACGGGUCGAAGCCAUAUAAGGAGAGUACCCCAGUCUCACCGCGGAGGAAGCGAGAUACAGCGUCAAAAGCACCUGUGCCUGCAUUACUGUCGCCUUUACACCCUUCCCUACUCGCAGGCGAGUCGGAUAAGCCCAAAUCAAAGAAGCCGGCAGAAAAGGCCCCACCGAAGCCUCUGAAGAUUGACAGUUCGAAGAAGAAGUUUGAAAUCCCGGCGCUCUUGUCUCCUACCCUGCCUGCGAUUGUUGAGGAGGAGCUGGCACGCAAGUUCAAAAUCACACCGUCCAAGACUGAGCUUAGGGACAUCAAGACCCAGCUACCAGAUUCACCUAGCAUUGCGAGGAAGACCAAGGUGAAGGCUGAGCCUAUCGAGGAGGAAGACGAAGAAGAGGAGGAACAAGAACCUUCCUUGCUUGUCACGUUGAAGCUUAAGAAAGCGAAUGCCAAGAGGGCAAAGGAUCUCCUUAGCCUGCCGUCUAAAGCUGUUAAGGAUGCAAUGAGGAAGGAGCGCACGGCUGCAAGAGCAGAGGCUACCCCUCCGCCUGCUAGAAAACGACCACGGGCCCCGGACGAUACACCCUCAGAAUCUGUCGCGGCAAAGCGACCCAAGUCAUCAAUCGGCGACACAGUUAUUGCCAGACCAACAGGCAUGACAACACCACUCAAACCCAGCGCACCUGCCAUGUCCCGUGUCCCGUCAACUCAAUCUCAGAACGCAACACCAGGGCCGCCCCCGACGAGACACAUCACUCCAGGCAUGGGCGAGCGCUCGUCUGUACCACCACUCCCUCCCCCAUCAGCCGAGGCCGCGCCGUUCCGCGAGCGAGACAUCGAGUAUCGCGCAUACGGUGGCAAACUGAAGCACCAGCGUGACGCAGUCGACGCACAGCUUCGCGAUCCAGCCAAGCUCAAGACCCUUUCGUCGGCCGCCGUGACUCUGGAGAACAAGCGCGCCAUGGUUCUUCACAUCGAAAUGGUGCUCGCUUACAUGAUCGCGUUUUAUAAUUUCAACCACUCCCGGAUGAUGGACCGCCGACCGCCCGAUUUCGCGACGUGGGAGUCUCUGGUCCCGCACUUCAGCGAGCUGAAGAAGCGCGUCUACAGCGUCCGACCGUUCCGGAUCCUCACGACACAGCUGUUCGCCGUCAUGCUCGAGCACAUCACCGCAACCUUCAGCCAGGCCGACCAGGCGACGGCCCCGGCCCUGCUUGCGAGGUGGCAAAAGAUGGAGCGUCUGAGACCCGAGGUGUGGCAUGAGCUCUACGGACUGUCCGAUUUCGUGGACGACAAGCGGGUCAAGAUGACGGUUGGGCCGUGGACAAAGAUCGAGGAGGCGGUGCUGAGCGCGAUGGGCGUCAUGGAGAGGUGGGCGGAGAUUGAGGAGGUUAAGUGGACGCCUACGAUCAUGAAGUCUGAGAUGGCGGCUGAGGCGAAGAAGGAGAAGGAGCAGGAGAAGGAAAAGGAGAAGGAUCACCAGCCGCAGCGUGAUAGGGAGCGUGAGCGUGAGCGCGAACGGGACCGGGACCGGGAUAGAGACCGAGAUCGGGAUAGGGAACCGCCACACCACCGAGAGCAGCAGCGUGAUCGCGAGAAGGAGCGAGACAGGGACGCUAGGGUGAGGGACAUGAGCAGGGACCGAGUCCGCGACCGCGAGCGAGGAGGCGAACGAGGCGGAGAACGGGACCGACCACCGCCAAGGGGGGAGCGCGAUCCCAGAGACACCAUCCGAGGUGGAGGAGGACAUCCAGUCAAGGACAUGCGCGACCGCGACCGCGAUAGGCUGUACAACAACGACGGUAGAUCCUCCACCAGGGGCCGAGACCGAGACAGAGAGAGGUCCAGGACAAGGGAUAGGGAUAUUGGUAUUGGUGGUCGCGAUCCUCCGCCGAUGCGCUCGGUGGAUUUGAGACUACCGCUACCGCCGCCACCGCCUCAUCACCAUGGCUUGCCGCCGAGGACGAAUGGGUACAGGUAG